UCUCACUACAAGAAGUGUAGUUCCUGGAGGUUUGUUUGGUGAUGGGUGUUACUGCAGUCCUGUCAGUGAACAUGGUAACAGCCAUCAUGUUACUGACUGUCUUCUCUCUUUCAGCUGGUUAAAGUCAAGAUGCUUCAACAAACAGGUGAAGGUGAUGGGUGUUACUGCAGUCCUGUCAGUGAACAUGGUAACAGCCAUCAUGUUACUGACUGUCUUCUCUCUUUCAGAAGCGUGGGAUGAUUGUCGGACUACAAGGUCACAUCUCUUCAUCACUACACCAAAGAAGAUGGAAGCACUGAGUGGAACUUGUCUGAAAAUCCCAUGUAGCUUUAGUGUUAAAGAAGAAAAAGAGUUUGACAACACAACAGAAACAUUUGGAAUAUGGCAUAAAGAAGACAGAGAGACCAUACCAAAGAAUGUGGUUUUUAACAGUAGUGGCACAGUGAACACGUUUCAAAUGAAGAUAACUGGAAACUUGAGAAUGAAAAACUGCACCACUCUGAUUUACAACAUGAAGACGACAUAUGAAGGCUUAUACUACUUCAGAAUCAUGAACUGGCCUUUCAUGGCAAAUGCUAUUUGUGAUCCUCUUCAAAUAAAAGUCAAAGAUUCUCCUCCGAGCCCCAAACUAAUCAUCUCAGGAGAUCUGAAGGAGAAGAAGUCUGUCACUAUAACCUGCUCAGCUUCCACUCCCUGUCCACUCUCCCCUCCUAAACUCACCUGGACUCUCAAACAAGACUCUCUCAACAACAUGGAGGAAAACCCAGAUAAAACCUUCACGACUAAAAUCCAGGAGCAGAUCACUCUGACGGACAAACAUGAUGGAUACAACAUCACCUGUUCUGCCACAUAUCCUGUGAAUGAAGGAAAAGAAGUCAAGACAGCAGAGGAGACACAGACUCUCAGAGUUUCAUAUUCUCCUAAAAACACCUCAGUGUCCAUCAGUCCAUCAGGUUUGGUGUCAGCAGGUAUUCAUGUGAACCUGACCUGCUCCAGCAGAGCCAAUCCUCCUAUCAGCAGCUUCACCUGGUUCAAGAUCAGCAGAGAUGGACCCAUGAUCGUAUCUGAAGGAGAGUUUUCCAGCUUUAAUGCCACAGAGGGAGGAGUUUAUUACUGUGUGGCCAGGAAUGAUCUCAGUAAUCAGACAUCACCACAGAUCAAUCUGAGUGUUGCAGAGAAACCUGUUGAUGCUCCUCUUUCUCCUCUUUGGGGUUCAGCUUUUGGGAUCAUUGUCGUAGUCGUCUGCCUCGCUGUCUGUAUUUGGUGGUUAAAGAGGAAACAUCAAACUCCCCAACAGAACCCGAGUCAAGGAGAUGGUGUACUGGCUACUUAUCAAGCACCGAAUGAAACAGAGGAAACCAUCCAUUACGGGGAGAUCAACUUUUCAGUGCGAGGACCUGAACAGCUCUCUGUGUCAGUGCAGGACAGUGGACAGCAGCAGGAUACACUGUAUGCACAGGUCAAAGUGUCCAAGCCAGCAAGCAGCCGAACACAGCCUGCUGACGGUCCAGAAGAUAUCUACGCUCAAGUGAAAAUGAGUGGAUUAAAUGCAUUUCAUUAAGUUUCAUUAUACAACUUUAUUUUUUUUUUACUUAUUACAGCUCAUGUUUUAUCUAGUUGAGCACAGCGUUAGGUCAGGAAGACCACGGAGUCACACUCUACUAUCAUGCCAGAGUUUUAGUAACAGCUGAUCUCACCCAAACCUCAUCAGCUGAUGGCCAGCUGAUUUCCUUCAAAGGAUCCUAAAAUUGGCCAAAUAGUACUUAUGACACCUUAUUUUAACUGUUCUAACGUGCCUACUAUUUGCUGCUCCCUCUGCAAGCCGCAUUUGCAACUCUCCUCCACCCCAGCUCCUCCUUUCAUGCUGUCCAGACUUAAUCAAUGUCAUGCUGUUGUCAUUGAUGCCUGCUCUGUUUGGCUUUGCUGCUUCUCUCCCUGCCUUAUGCUUUCCAUGUUAUCAUGUGGAAGGGCAGGGAGAUCCCAGACCAGAGCCAUACUGCCAAAUAUAAAUAAUUACAAUGAAGUAUUUUUUCUUGACAAAGGGGUCCUGACUGAAAUCUUGUUGCUGUGUAAUAUUCAGCCUCUUGUAUAUGUGCAACUAAAACAUACAGAAGUUGCAGUCCACAUUUACUUUAUUUUAUUAACCUUUAAUUUAAUGUUUAGUUUUAUUGUAAAAUGCUUUAAUUUGAUGGUUUUUGACGAGGCAUGUUAAAUCUCCAUCACUUCUCUUUUAUUUCCAUUUUCUCACCUUGUUUGUUUCCCAUGUUUUUAUUUGUAUUUUUUAAAAAACUUCAAAAAUAAGCACGAGGCAAAGCUUCUGCUUUUGAAGAUAUUUAUUCAUUGCACUGUAAUAAAAACCUUGUCUCCUCAAAAUACCUAAUAAUCUCAGUCGCACUUAUUGGUCCAACAUUUUAUAUUUAUGUGUAAACAUCACCUGAAAUCAAGGAAUUGAAUCACAAACAUUACAAAAGUGGCAAAAUGGAUUAUGCAUAGUAUUCGUUGGGCACAUGAAUUAAUAUAUUGACUACUUAUAGGACUUUUUAUUUUGUGUAUAUGUGAAUAUUAAGAGUGUUCUGUUAAACUUUUAAUAAAGCAUCUUUAAACAACUGAUGCUUAAAAUUCAUUUGAAAUCAUUUUGUAAAUAAAAUGUUAAAAACUC